AUGAAGCAUUUGCUUGGCGUAGCAGCUGUCGGCUGCGUGUUGCAAGGUGCCAGUGCUAAGAGCUUCAAAUGGAGCCGUGAUGGCAGCGAGAAGCAAUGGCUGCCAGCUCGCGAGACACUGGCUGUGAUGCCAGCCCUGGGCGGCUUCACUCCGCUCCCAACACAAGCGCCUGUUGCGCCCAAAAACCUCAAGGGAAAGAGGUCGUCUACAGACAACACUUGUGCCUAUGUCGACGGAGACACUGAUAUUCCCCUAUACUGCAAUACUGAUUCGGCGUGCGUCUACAACUCGUACUACUUCAAGAUUGGUUGCUGCCCUGACACUUCCACGACUUGCCCCAUCUGGACCACCUGUUACAACUCGGCGCAGAGGGCUUCAUAUACCACUGAUAAUGGUUACACGCUGUGGUGUGGCGAUUCCGAAUAUCCCAACUGCAUCACGCAUCUUUACGAGGACGAGGCGUUCGCCAACUAUACCCUUCUGGGAUGCGCGGUUGCUGCGGGCUCUGAUACAGUGUACUACGAGCCAUUGACAACCUCAUCAGCGGGAGGGAGUUCCAGCACUGACGAGGACGAUGAUGAGACCUCCACUUCGGACAGGUCAUCUUCCAGCUCAACUACUUCCGGCUUCGUGAUUGCGACAGACCCGGCCGCUACUUCAACUACGACUAUUGCGCCUGCCGCCAGCAGCUCCGGAAGCAGCUCUGGUGGUAGCAGUGGGGGUAGCUCCAAGAGCUCCACGCCAACUGGCGCCAUUGUUGGUGGUGUUGUGGGCGGUGUCGCCGCCCUGGCGCUCAUCGGCCUGGCCAUCUUCUUCCUAAUCCGUCGCAAUCGCAAGAACAAGCAGAACAUCGCGCCCGCUGCCGCCGCCGCCAACACCGGCUACAGCCAGCCUCCUCCGGGAGCUGGAAGCCCGCCGCCGCAAAGUUAUCCUCAGGGCCCGCAGAUGCAGCAAUACCCGCCUCCAGGCCAGCAGGCCGGCUACCCACCGGUGGCUGGCUUCGCUCCCGUGGACAACCGCCAGUCGAUCCAGAAGCCGCCUUACGCGUACGACCCUAACAUGCCCCAGCAACAGCCGUACAGCCCUCCGAGCAGCCCGCCUCCCCAGAGCGGCACCCCCGCGCCCGGAUACUCUCCCAGCCAGGCUACCGGCCAACCGUUUAGCCCGACCGACUCCCAGUAUAGCAACGCCGCCUACUCCCAGCAGGGACAGUAUGCUCCCCCACAGCAGGCGCAGUAUCAGACGCAUAACCCGCAGCAGGCAGGGUUUGCCCAUGAGUUGCCGACGCAGCGCGGCGAUGGCGAGGUCAGAGAGCUAGCUUAA